GCUCGCCCCACAUAUAGAAACAUGUACGCUUAUAAAAUAGUGAGUGUUUUCUAUGUGUGAGAGUGAUGGGUUUAGUGUUUAAGGGAAUACUUCACCCUCAGAAUGAUGUGCCUUCAUUUUCUACUCACCCUCAUGCUGAUUUACACUCUGGAACACUUUCAGUUUUUUUUUUUUUCAGUUCAAUGUAAUCCAUGUGUCCUGAGUGGGUAGCGUCCAUAAUUUACUCGCAACGACAUAAUUUAGUAUACUUUUAUACGAUGCAGGCGCGCAUGUGCCACGGCGGCCACUGAUGCAACCAGCGUCACGCAGCAGUGCACGCGCACCCAGGUAGUAAAACAUGCUAACGGUUUGGGCUCCAAAAAUUAAAAUCACCCGACCAAAGCUAACAGUGUCAUGUUAGUUCUAAUGCAGGGCAGGGCUGAUCAGCUUAGCCUCCUUCGUCGGAGCGCGCCAUCUUUGAACGUUCAUACGUGUGUGUUGAUAGGCGUUCCUGGUACUGAGGCCUCUCUUGUCAAGAACGUGCGAUCUAAGCAUCAUGUAUGUGUUUUAGUGGAUAAGCAACCGGUGUAGUUUGUGUGAGUCAUGUUUACAUCGGCCUAAAUGGGGAAGAUCCCGAACUGCUAGAGAACAAACAUCAUUCCACACAACAACUACACACUAUUAUGUAAAUUAGAUAAAUACAAUAAGGUAUUUCAGUUUAAGUACAAGGUGUAUAAGAUAAGUAAUGUUAACUCUCUGUUGUGAUUGUUUUUUAUUUUAAAGGAACAAAAACAGCAAUGCUCUUCAAAGUUCAGUAUCAAAGAAAGAAGAAGUACAUCAAACUAAAUGGAAUCUCUUACUCUGCAAUCUUGAAAGAAGCUAAGGAGAAGUUUGGGAUUCCCAGUGACACCAGCAUGUAUCUAACGGAUGAAACGGGAACAGAGGUUGAUGAAGAAGUCUUCAGUGAUGUCAUAGAAGAAAAAUCAGACAUUCUCUGGACUAUUGUUGAUGCCCAUUCAGUGAUCGAGUCCCCUGCACAGUCUUCCUGUACAGACACCCUGUCUCUCUCAUCACAGUCAUCUGAGACUGAGGAGUCCCUCACAUCACCAAAGAGGCUGCGUAUUGAUGACAGCAUAGAGGCGAAAGAGCUUAUCAGAACAGUCCUGGAAACAAAGGCAGGAGGGGAGAAGAUACUCAAAGAAUACAGCAAGACAAGGGAAAUUACAGACCAAGUACGACGGAAGCUCGUCAACAUUGUUGUUGCUGAUAUGGUUGAGAAGUACGGGAAUGCUCCACCCAUGGACAUCAGGACCCGUUAUGCUAUGGGGAUUGUUGGACUUUUCCCAUCACUUAAAGAUCCUUUCUCUCAAAAAGGAUAUGAGCAUUUUUUUGAUGCCAGCAGUAAUGAGGGCUACAUUGCUUGGAAGUUAAAAAACAUGCAGCGAGAAUUUAGCCUUGGCAGGAGGAGCAGCAGCAGCAGCAGCAGCUCCACCACCAGUAGGGAAACAAAAGAAAGAGGACCAGAGUUUGAAAGAGAGGUGACUACUGCUCAUCAGUUGGAUGGAGACCAGUGUAGGGAGGCCAUUUCUCUACUGAAGCACAGCACAGAUGUUGAGCAGACCUUCAUGAAAAUGAGACAAACCUUCCAGUACAGACAGAAAUUGAUUCAUAAUCCUGAGAAAUCCAGCACGGUGUUUACUGUCUUCCCAAGAUUCCUGAACACAAAAGGACUGGUCCUGCAAGACUUUCAGAUGUUGUUUGGAGAGGAGACCUCUUCAAAGCUCCUGGAGAAGUGGGGAACAUUCCUUAAGACAAAAAUCAUAAAAGAAGCACGGAACCUCACCAAGACACCCACACUUGAUUCUCUUAUCCAUGCUGCAGAGGAGAACCCAGAUGAAGAUGUCCCAAGCUGGGAUAGUGACAUGGCCUCACUGCUGCUCUUGGUUUAUCUCCUGCCUCCACCACCUGGUGGGAAAAAGAGACCUGUGAAGAUCAGCGUCCGGGAAGCAGUGGAUCACGUUGUCAAGUUUCACAAGUCUUGCCGUAGCCUUCAAGAGGUGACCAGCUCAGACAAGGGGAGACAGCCCUACAUCCUGGCAGUUGGGACAUCAAAAAGCAGUAUUCAUGACUACUACAUCGUGGUGGAUGGGCAACUCCUUCCCUGCAAGGCUAAGUCUUCCCUGUCUGCCUUUGAUGAACUUUUCAAAACACAUUAUGUUUUCGGCAUCUCUUAUGACCAGGCCCUUAACAACAUGUACACAUUUGUACAGACCACCAUUUACAACAUCGAUGUGGGCCUCUGUCAUGAAAGUCCAAGGGUGAAGGACAUGAGAUCUAAACUCCUCAACUGA